AUGAAGUUACUUGUGACCAUAGCCAUCGUUCAGGUAGCUCUAGGGAUUUCAUGCUCACUCCCACCCUCCGUAAGCGAACAGAAAAAUUCAAAUUUUGAGUUAAAAGCUACCCUCCGUGAGCGAACAAUUUUUUUUUAAAUAUAUAAAUUUAUGAAAAAAAAAUUGAUAUAUAAGUGAUAAUUAUAAUAAUGAAAUCUCUCACUAAUUCUGUUCAAUUUUAGACAGCUUGCAUUCUAAAAAAUAAAUUUUACAAAUUAAAUGAAUAAUUGCUUUAAAAUUAUUAGGAAUUUGGAUUUUCUUUAAAUUAAAAAAAAAAUUGUGAGUGGAGCAAAAUUUUCGUUCACUCACGGAGGGGAAGUCAGAGCUUAAAGCAAUUUAUCCUAUGCUUGAUUUGGAAUGCGAAAAUCCAGAGUCUGUCUCAGAAGGAUCAUCAUUUAUAAAUUCAAUGAUAUCGUUAGCAUCAACAAAGUCUAAAAUAAAAUCUUUAGAAGACAAAAAAGAGCAGCUGGACACCGAGACUGCUUUUGUGCAGCAAAAUCUGAUUGAAUUAAAAGAAAGUAUAUUAAGUGAAAAAGAAAAUUUGAGAAAAAUCGUUGAGCAAAAGAAAAAUGAGGCUCAAGAACUUGCUGAAGUAUCUUCGUCAAGACAAAAACUUCAAGAAAUGAUUGGGAUUUUGCAUAAUGAGCUUUCCUCCCAGCUAGCUGAAAUGAGUAAAAAUAAGGAGAAUUUAACCGCAAUGAAUGAAAAAAUUGAAUGUGCUGAAAAGGAAAAAGCAAACAUUGAGGCUGAAAUAAAUAAGAAAUAUAAAGAAUACCAAGAGCUUGCCUCUGGAACUGAACAACUUAUGAAUAAAAAAGAAUCAAUUGAUAUAGCUUUGAAGGAACUAAAUAAUUCUAUUAGCCUUGAGUCAACCCAUAUUUCUGAUCUAUGCUAUUAUGAUAGGUAUUUAAAAUCCUGCUUUAUGGGUCUUCCCUUUCCACAUUAGUGUCUCAAAUCUCCUUUUAAACUUGAGAGACCCACCGAGACAGUCUAACUCGCCUUAUCCUUAUUUCAGCCAUCUUGAGAAAGAACUCAAUAGUUUUCACCAUUCGGGUAAGCAACUUAGGAAUGUAGCCACUCUGAACUAAGUGGUCUGUAAAAAGAAAUGCAAUUAAUAUUCAAGGAUCCAGGACUAAAACCUGCAGACUAUAGAAUUGUUCUUGAGGUGAUUUGAUGCAGCUGGACCAAAAUCUUACCUCAAAUCAAGCAGAGUAUAUAUAAGACACCUGCCGCUAAGAUGGCGGGUCGCUCGUCUCCAUCCAUUUAUUAAAUCAUAUUUCUGAUCUAAAAAAAGAAAAGUCAGAAAUCGACCUAGAACUAGUCAAAGCUAACCAAGAAUACAGAGAGAUUGUGAAUGCUAACCAACUAUACAAACUUCAAAUUGAAAACUCCGACUCGCAGCUGAAAGCGCUAGAAGAAACCAUUUUACAAUUAAAGCAUGAAAAGCAAAUUCUUGAACUAGAAAUCCAGGAAAAAGAAGAAGCUUUAAAAGAACUAAAAGAGAAAACAGUAAAGGAAACAGAGGAUUUUGAGGUUGAAAAGAACGAACGGCAAAAUGUGCUGGACGGGCUGAAAAUAGCAAUAACUCAGACAAAAAAGCAAGCGAAAGAAGAUUUGGAAGCUCAAAAACGAAUAGAGACAGAACAAAGAGAAAGAAUACAAAAGCUUAUGGAAAGUGAAAGCAAGCUUAUUGAAGAACAGAAGGCUGCAGUGUUAGAGCUGCAAACAAAAGAAAAAAGCUUUUCUGCUGAGAGCAAAUCAUUUCUUGGAAAAACUCAAUCAUGGUAA